GUUAAAAGAAGAAAACCCCAGUGACGCGGCGAUUAUAAAGUCCAAACCCUAGCACUCUGUUUCUCCAUCUCCCUCGCCUCCUCGAUUUCGUUUGUGCCGAACUAAAAUUCACACAGCAGGGCGGCCGCCGAGGUUUUCAGCAGCUUGAUUUGAAAGAUGGUGAGAGUCAGUGUCUUGAAUGAUGCUCUAAAGAGUAUGUAUAAUGCUGAAAAGAGGGGAAAACGGCAGGUCAUGAUAAGGCCUUCGUCAAAAGUGAUUAUCAAGUUUCUUCUGGUCAUGCAGAAGCAUGGAUACAUUGGAGAAUUUGAGUAUGUUGAUGACCACAGAGCUGGAAAAAUUGUGGUUGAAUUGAAUGGAAGACUAAACAAAUGUGGUGUCAUUAGCCCAAGGUUUGAUGUUGGUGUUAAGGAAAUUGAGCCUUGGACUGCAAGACUGCUCCCAUCGAGACAGUUUGGUUAUAUUGUGCUGACAACGUCUGCUGGAAUCAUGGAUCACGAAGAGGCACGUAGGAAAAACGUUGGAGGUAAAGUGCUUGGGUUCUUUUACUAGGUGUGGUCUGAGGAUUUGCUGUUGAAGUUGCAGUUGGCAAACUUUACGCCUAUUUUGAUUUUUGGUAAUGUAGUGAAACAUUUGAGUUAUAAGUGUUAGAAAUGCAUUAAUCUCCUUCAUCCUUUCUGAUACAAAUUGCAUGAUUUAUGUGAUGAUGAACAAGUUCCUGGUUUUGACAGUGAGAGCAGCAAUUUUAUAUGAAGCAAUUUGUUUUGCCAUUUCCUUUA